AACGUGUAGCAGUUGGUUAAUGGAGGUGUUUCUUCCUGGUAGCGCUAAGCAGCUGGCUGAAUGAGUCACAGCAGAGAAGUUGUCUGAGAUGAAAGCUCUCGGCGAUCAGAGCUGCUCACCUCGUUAUCGACUCUCAGUUUCGCUUGAGACGCAGUCGGAAAUGGAUGAUGCCCUAUUCGCAGUUCAGCUUUCGCUGCUGCUGAUGCUUUCGGUCAUUGUUUGGGCCGAGUUCUGCGACAACGGGACAGGCGAGUGCAAGGAGCUGACGGGCACCGAUUGCCCCGUGAUAUUCUACAACCAGCACUUAAUAGGACCGGAUAUCAAGUACUGUGACGAGUUCAACGACAUCGUGUGCUGUCCCAUACCGCUGGAUCACCAGAACCUGAAGCCGGCCGAUGAAACGCGUCCGUUUGAGCGGGAGUGCAAGCGUUUCAACGAGGCGCGCGCCUCCUGUCGCUCCACGCCCUUCAUUGUGGGCGGCUCAAAGGCGACUGGCCAGGAGUUUCCCUUCAUGGCGCUGAUUGGCACAAAGGAGAACGAAAAGGCCGAAAUCAAUUGGGACUGCGGCGGGGCUCUGGUGCAUCCCCAAUUCGUGCUGACGGCGGCACAUUGUCUGGAAACCAGCGAAUCGAAGGCCGAGCGACUUGACCCCGAAUUUGACUCGCCUAAAUUUGUGGUGCGUCUCGGGGAGCUGGACUACAACAGCACCACAGACGAUGCCCAGGUACAGGACUUUCGGGUGGUCAAUUAUGUGGUGCACCCGGCGUAUGAUGACGAGGACGGCUUUAAGAACGACAUUGCCCUCGUUGAGCUGGACAGGGCGGCAGUAUUUAACGAGCAUGUCGCACCCGCUUGCCUGCCGCCCAGCAGCGGCAACGAGAACAGCCAGCUGACAGCCGCCGGCUGGGGAUUCACUUCCGACAAGGGCUUCAAAUCGUCGCAUCUACUGAAGGUCACCCUGCAGCGCUUCAGCGACGAGCAGUGCCUGGAGCGACUGCAGCAGGGCAUUGAGACGCGCACCCAGUUCUGUGCCGGAUCGCUUACCACCAAUGCCGACACCUGCAAUGGCGACUCGGGCGGACCCAUCUUUGUGCAGCACCCGCUCUAUCCGUGCCUCAAACAAGUGAUUGGCAUCGUCUCCUAUGGCUUGGUGUGCGGCACACAGGGUCUGCCGAGUGUCUACACCAAGGUCCAUCUCUUCACCGACUGGAUCGAGAGCAUUGUGUGGUCCGAUUAGUCACAAUCUCGUUUGCUAUAAGAAUCUUUUGUUUGCUACAAAUGUAUGUACUACUAUUUGCCCGCCAUAUCACUCUUGUAAUCCACCUGGGAGGCCAGCUCUACCAGGGCAAAGUUUCUGCCUAAGAAUCAGCAUCCAUUCCAAACAGAAAAUGGAGCCAAUACAUAUACAUAUUCACGUGUCCUUAUACUCCCGUUUGGCGAAACCUUAGGGUUAUGUUACAGGGAGAUCCACACAAAGGGAUUUCUGCGCCGCCCUCAAACUUCCGUUGGGUUAUUCUUCGUUUUAACGUCCAUCGAUCACACCAAUCUUUAGUAUUUUUAUUAAUACUAAUCGAUAGUCAUAAAUAUUUGGCGCCAAUUUGACUUAAAAAUUGUUUUUAGAGUUGAAUUGAAACCUUAUCUGUUCAAUUACUUUCUGGCUGCUUCGUUUGUGGUCGCCAACAGAGAUAAUACUUAUGUAUGUCAAAUAAAUAGCUAUUAUCA